AGCACAGUGAGUCGUUACAGCCAACCAGCAGCACCGUCGCAGCUGUUUUGUAACUUUUCCUGGAGUCCGGUGAAGUUUUGUGGAGCAGCGGUUUGCAGGAUUUGCUCUGACGGAGCAGCAUCAUCGGGCCCUGGUGCACAGGAAGCCGGCAGCAGCAUGAACACGGCCCGGUUUAUAGUCGCCAUGCGCGGAGGCUGCGCGCAGACCUUCAGACGACCUCGGCUCCUCCUGCCUGUUUGCUCUCCCACGGUUCAGUGCUGUCUGGAGUCCACCCAGCCGGUUCCUGCCGCCCGGCUGCCCUACAGAGUGAAGCUGUCUGCUGGAAAGCACUACGCCUGGUGCGCUUGUGGUCACAGCAAGAAGCAGCCCUUCUGCGAUGGCACUCACAGGACCGAAGCCCCGAGCAUCGCUCCUCUUCGCUUCACCGCCGACAAAGACAGGACGGCCCUGCUGUGCGCCUGUAAGCAAACCAAAAACGCCCCGUACUGCGACGGCUCGCAUCUUAAGGUCAUCUACCGGGACGUAGUGAAGUCGCUGAAAGGCAUCUUUAAAUGAUGUCAUCUUACAGGAAAAUAAUGUGUCAUAAUCAUCUUAUUCAGGAAUGUGUCAGGGUGAAAAAGUAUUUUUUUAUAUUGAAAUCAUUUAAUGCUGGUUUGUCUGUUUUAGGCAGAUUUUAUUUUGUCUGUAUAAAUGCCACUUUUAUAAUACACAUUCUAUACAAAUAAGUGUUCCAUUAAAGUGCUUUAAUAAUGUUUUAGUGUCAUAAAGAGACCAACUGGUGCAGCAACCAGCUCCUGACUGACCCCAGAAAAACCUCCUGUCAGAGCCUCAGAGGAGUUUCCACUGAAGUUUUGAUAACUUUUAAAAGUCUAUCAUGGCUCUGCUUUAAAUUAAAAUACCUGUUGGCUUUAUACUGUAUUCUUAGUUUGGCUGUGAAUCUCUUUCCUGCCUGUUUAUUGCUUUUUAUUGUGCGUAUUAUGUGUUUUGGUAAAGCUGGUUUUGGUGCCGUGAAAAUAAACAUUCAUUUUCUUUUAAAAUAUAAUUUUACGGAAGCCUUUUGAGGUGAUUUUUUUCAUGUCUGAAGAUCUCCACUGAAUUACUCAUCGAACUGACCGGCCACAGUAAAUAGAUAAAGCUGAUUUCAUCACAGAGCAGAGCUUAAUCAAAGUCGGGUUUCUGAGAUGGAAACAAGAUUGUAUCUUAAAUACUGUAUGUUGUUCUCUGAGGCCAGAUACAAUAAACUUAAUAAAUAAAAUAAAUGAAUACAAUA